AAAGCACAGGGAGACGACCGGAUUACGCUCAGACAGACACGAUGCGCGCUUUGGGUGAUUCGCGACCUUAAACCAUUUUCUGGUUGAUUGACAAGCCCGUCGUCCAAUCAAAUCGAAUCGUCGACCAUGAUUGCAACAGGGGGCCUCCUGCGUAUAAACCGGUGCCAGGACUCCCAGCACUCUAAGAACCAAGCUGAGAACAAGAGGAAGAGGAAACAAGCCAAGAGAAAGAAGAACGAUGUAGUUGUGGUGAAGGGGAAACUCAACCUGUGUUCCCCGCCUGGGCUGGUGGCCACGGUGGGACUGGUGGUGUUGAUGGUUGGGAUAGCCAUGGCUGUACUGGGCUACUGGCCACAUGAAGGCCACAGCCAGGGGAAGGCAUCCGGGGUAUCACCAGGGGAGGAGUGGAGAGACAACGGCAGGAUGAGCUACUCCAAGAGCCCCCUGGUGUCUGUCACCUGGAGCGAUAAUAAGGACAACAACACAGCCAACCAGACUGUUGAGGAGUUGACCAACCAGACUGUUGGGGAGUUGACCAACCAGACUGUUGGGGAGUUGACCAACCAGACUGUUGAGGAGUUGACCAACCAGACUGUUGAGGAGUUGACCAACCAGACUGUUGAGGAGUUGACCAACCAGACUGUUGAGGAGUUGACCAACCAGACUGUUGAGGAGUUGACCAUCCAGACUGUUGAGGAGUUGACCAUCCAGACUGUUGAGGAGUUGACCAACCUGACUGUUGAGGAGUUGACCAACCAGACUGUUGAGGAGUUGACCAACCAGACUGUUGAGGAGUUGACCAACCAGACUGUUGAGGAGUUGACCAACCUGACUGUUGAGGAGUUGACCAACCAGACUGUUGAGGAGUUGACCAACCUGACUGUUGAGGAGUUGACCAACCAGACUGUUGAGGAGUUGACCAUCCAGACUGUUGAGGAGUUGACCAUCCAGACUGUUGAGGAGUUGACCAACCUGACUGUUGAGGAGUUGACCAACCAGACUGUUGAGGAGUUGACCAACCAGACUGUUGAGGAGUUGACCAACCAGACUGUUGAGGAGUUGACCAACCAGACUGUUGAGGAGUUGACCAACCAGACUGUUGGGGAGUUGACCAACCAGACUGUUGAGGAGUUGACCAACCAGACUGUUGAGGAGUUGACCAACCAGACUGUUGAGGAGUUGACCAACCAGACUGUUGAGGAGUUGACCAACCAGACUGUUGAGGAGUUGACCAACCAGACUGUUGAGGAGUUGACCAUCCAGACUGUUGAGGAGUUGACCAACCAGACUGUUGAGGAGUUGACCAACCAGACUGUUGAGGAGUUGACCAACCAGACUGUUGAGGAGUUGACCAACCAGACUGUUGAGGAGUUGACCAACCAGACUGUUGAGGAGUUGACCAACCAGACUGUUGAGGAGUUGACCAUCCAGACUGUUGAGGAGUUGACCAACCAGACUGUUGAGGAGUUGACCAACCAUACUGUUGAGGAGUUGACCAUCCAGACUGUUGGGGAGUUGACCAACCAGACUGUUGAGGAGUUGACCAUCCAGACUGUUGAGGAGUUGACCAACCAGACUGUUGAGGAGUUGACCAACCAGACUGUUGAGGAGUUGACCAACCAGACUGUUGGGGAGUUGACCAACCAGACUGUUGGGGAGUUGACCAACCAGACUGUUGAGGAGUUGACCAACCAGACUGUUGAGGAGUUGACCAACCAGACUGUUGAGGAGUUGACCAACCAGACUGUUGAGGAGUUGACCAUCCAGACUGUUGGGGAGUUGACCAACCAGACUGUUGAGGAGUUGACCAUCCAGACUGUUGAGGAGUUGACCAACCAGACUGUUGAGGAGUUGACCAACCAGACUGUUGAGGAGUUGACCAACCAGACUUUGACCAACCAGACUGUUGAGGAGUUGACCAACCAGACUGUUGAGGAGUUGACCAACCAGACUGUUGAGGAGUUGACCAACCAGACUGUUGAGGAGUUGACCAACCAGACUGUUGAGGAGUUGACCAACCAGACUGUUGAGGAGUUGACCAACCAGACUGUUGAGGAGUUGACCAUCCAGACUGUUGAGGAGUUGACCAACCAGACUGUUGAGGAGUUGACCAACCAGACUGUUGAGGAGUUGACCAUCCAGACUGUUGAGGAGUUGACCAACCAGACGAGUGUUGUUGUCAAUGGAAGUUUAUCUGUACUUGUAUCUGUUAAUGGUAGUGUACUUGUAUCUGUUAAUGGGAGUGUACUUGUAUCUGGUAAUGGGAGUGUACUUGUAUCUGGUAAUGGUAGUGUACUUGUAUCUGUUAAUGGUAGUGUACUUGUAUAUGUUAAUGGUAGUGUACUUGUAUCUGUUAAUGGUAGUGUACUUGUAUCUGUUAAUGGUAGUGUACUUGUAUCGGUAUCUACCCCUCCUCCUCCUAUACCCUCAGGUGGGUUGCUCUCUGAGUUCUUGGACAACUAUCUGUCCUCAGACCAUCUGAAGGUGUUCGGACCCUUAGUCAUGGGGAUAGGCAUAUUUAUCUUCAUCUGUGCAAACGCCGUGCUUCACGAGAACAGGGACAAGAAGACCAAUGUCAUCAACCUUAGAGAUAUCUACUCCACGGUCAUCGACCUCCACAGCACACGGAAUACCAAGGAAUACUCGCCGAGUAACGGACUGGUCAACUACGUGCAGUCCAGAGGGGUGCAACUUUCACCGGGGAUGGGGUCGUCCCCCAAAUUCUGA